CUACCUGGUCAAUUCAAUCUCCCUGAAUCUGAAUUCAUUUGUGUAGAAAUACUGACCAAUAGUAAUUGUAUUUCUAUCCCUUAAUUUGAAGCUAAAUUCCCAACAAUUAAUCCACUUGAUUGGAGUUCGUUUUUUUUUAAUCACCAUUUUCACCUUCUAUUUUUACUUGUUGGUCAACUGGUCAGUUUGUUUACCACCAUUAGAAUUGAUUUUUCUUCAGUUAACCAAGUCAAGUGUCUUCUUUUCAUUUGCUAAUUGUGAUCGUUAUUUUAUUUAAAUUGUUCUAAUUGUUAUGGGUUGUACGACAUCUAAAGCAAAUUUGAUUACAUUAACUGACGAUGAUAUUGAAUAUUUAACUCGAAAUACUCAUUAUUCUGAUCAAGAGAUUCGCGAUUGGUAUAAAGGUUUCCAAUCCGAUUGUCCUGAUGGUCGAUUGACCAAGAAAAAGUUUCUCGAAAUUUAUUCAAUGUUCUGUCCUGAUCGAUCACCAACUGAAUUCUGUGAUCACAUUUAUCGAACCUUUGAUUCGGAUGGUGAUGGUUAUAUCGAUUUUAAAGAGUUCCUAUUGGCAGUAGGUGUUACAACGGGCACCGAUCCUCGAGAGAAACUCAAAUGGGCCUUUAAAAUGUACGAUAUAAAUCGAGAUGGACUAAUUGAUGUCGAAGAAAUGUCCAAAAUAAUCAAGUCUUUAUAUCAAAUGCUUGGAUCGGAGCAUUCGAGUUACAAUGAACAAGCGAAAAAAGUUCAAUUCAUAUUCGAUACCAUGGAUAAUAAUCGAGAUGGUAAAGUAUCAUUAGAGGAAUUCAUUGAUGUUUGUAAUCAAGAUGAUCAAUUGGCUAAAUUGUUGUGUGUCGGAACAAUAACAACCUGAACAAUCAACCAGCGGAAAACAAUCAACACAAUCAACACAAAAACAGCAUUUGAAUACAUAACGGUAAAAGUAAUAUUAUCAUAAGAAAUACCAAAAAAAAAACUAUGGAUUGAUACACAAUCCAUAAAAUUAGGGUUAAUCAAAUUUAAUUUAAUUACUCGUUAACAACAUGAACAUAAUUCAUUGAGAGUAAAUGUAAACCCACUAAUCAUAUUAAUCAUAAUUUAUCAUCAUUAAUAUUCAUUCAGUUUUUCUGUUGUCUUAUAUCACCAUGAAUUCACAUGAAUUCAUAUCAAGUUCAUUGAUUUUUUGAGUAACUUUUUUCAAACAUUUUCCUCUUCAAUUAUUUGUUUCCUCGUCACCUUUUUGCUUGUUUGUCAUGAUGAUGGUGAUGAUGAUGAUGAUUUGUUACCUUUAUCUUCAUCUUCGUCAUUGAAAUAUGGAGUCGAAAAAAACUAUUCGACAGAAGAAAAGUUCUUUGGUAGAAUGUCAUCUCAUUUUGGAAAAAAAAGAACAAAUUUCUUGCCAUGAUAAUCAUUGGAAGAACAUGAGAAUUGAUUCACCAAACAAGAGAAUAAGAAACAAAAUUGAGAUGAAUCAACUUUCUCCAUGGAAAAAAUCAUCUAUAAUAUAAAUCAUUUUAUCAUCUUCAUCUUCACCAACUUCACUCUCAUCAUCUUCAUCAUCAUCAUGAAUUUCCAUGUAAUUAUUAUUAUCUAACAUACGAAAUGUUCAAAUUCGAUGGGAAUCUGGUCAGUGAACAUUUUUAUCUCUUCAAAUGGAGCAAAUUUCCCAUGUAAUAACUCAUGAUGGCGAUAAAAGAACAAAAAUAAAAGAAUAUAAAAGAAAAAUCAAUUUUCGAUUAUUUAGAUUUUCUUUUUGUCAUAAUAAUUAUCAUCUAGUAUUCUGAUGUAUCGUUGUUGAUUUUGUUACUUUUAAUUAUUCAUCAUCGAAACUUUAAUCAACUUGUUGAGAUUGAAAAUAUUUCUGAUUAUCAUCAUCAUGUUAAUAAGAUACGCAUGAGUAUUUAUAUCAAUCCCUGUGUUGAUUUGAUGAAGGCGUUGAUGAUAAGGAUGAUGAGGAUAAAGGUGAAGAUGAUGGUUAAGGUUAGGAUGCUGAUGAUGAGGAUGAGGAUGAGGAGGAGGAGGAGGAGGAAGAUGAUGAAUCUAACUUUUUGUAAAUAGGAAAGAUAAACAAAAAUCCGAAUCACAUCUAAUCAUUGAAGUUGAGUAUAAGUUGAUUGUGAUUUUUUUGUAUUCCUGUUGGUUGAUAAUAAUUUUUUGCACCAAAGUGAUAAUCAAUCAGUGAUUAAAUUAUAACGGUGACAAUUUGAAAAUAAUUGGUGGUUAAAGUCAUAAGAAUUUGAUUAGUUUAUUAACCAGUUUGAAUUGUUUGACGUAAAGUUUUUCCGUUCAACUUUUAUUCAGAGUUAUAAAACUGUCACCAAAUCGUUUGAGAAUCAUGAAACUGUCAAAUUUCAAGGUAUUCAUUACAAUCUUGAUUGGAUUUAUGGGAUUGGUGAUAAUCAGUUGGGCUCAAAAACCUCGACCUCGAGCUUAUCGUGGUCUUCAGACUCGAGGUUACAUGCCGUUGACCAUUUCAACUGCCCGAGGGUUUGGUAAACGGACUAAUCCGUUAUCUAAUAAGCAAAUUUCAUUACCAGAAAUUUUGACAGCUCAGCUUAUGGAGAGAUUGGAUUCGGAAAACCAUGAAAUGAACAACAAUGAUUUCAGGUGAAUUGUGAACUAAUCAAAUCAAAUCCAAUCAAAAAAAAAUGAGAAACUUAAUUAACACAAAAAAAAAUAUAUAAUUCAAAUCAUCUUUGUAAAAAAAAGCAAACACAAUUAACCAAACAAUCAAAUUAUGUGAUUGAUAAUCAAUACUAAGUCUUUGUUUCCCAUUUUCAAUUUUAAUUGUAACAACACUAAAACGACAACAAUUAAUCAUUAUCAUGUAUGAAGGGUAAUCAACAAUCAAUCACCAACAAUUUAGUCAGUAUCAAUGUUUUAAGUUUAAAAAAAGUAUCAAUUAUAAUGAAAUGCAAGUUAUUAACAAUUAAACAAUAAAAAUUAUUACUUGUUAUCAUCUAAUGGUGAUAAUCAAUUGAUUUAAUCAA